AUGGUAAAACGUAAAAAGUCAAGAUCAAAGCUUCAACAAAAUGUUGACAGUGAAAAGUCCAAAUCACCCAAUACUCAAAUCCCAUUCCAGCCAACACAUGUUGAUCAGCAACCAACUCAGUGGUCUACCGCCCAGCAAGAAACAGGGGCCAGCACUUUCCCACAAGCGUUAUAUCUGGCCAAUGUUCCUCCUCAACCACCAAAUGUUCAUCAUUCAGCCAUCCCAGGGAUCCAGCCAGAAUUAUUAAACCCAAUUACUGAGAACUCACCAGUUUCCAACUUAUCAUUUUCUUUGGGGAACGCCAGCUUUUUUCAAAAUCGACCUGCCACCGAACAAGUAUUGUUGAAUAAAUUCAGAACAGAAGUCUUGGAAAAUGAAGCAGCAUCCAGGACAUUGAAAUCGUUACAGCCUGAAACUCAAGAGAAAUAUCUUUACCAAAUAAGAAGAUAUAUUUCCCACUGUGCAAACAAGGGGUUGGAUAAUUUUUACGUAACUUAUUCUUUAGUAAAAGAAUUAAUUGAGGUGGAAAUCGAAAAACGAGGACAAAUUACCGAGAACACAAUAAAAAGUUUGAGAUCCUCCAUAAAUAAGCUAUAUCAUAUGAAUAGAAUUGUCUAUUCUAUACAACAACCAUAUUUAGUCUUAGGAGAUAACAUAGUGCAAGAAAUUAUGAGCACCCACAAAGACAAGGUUCAAUCAAAUAAGCAGCAAACCAGUUCAGGAAAAGGAAGUAGUUCUUCAUCUUCGACACCUUUGACUUCUCGCUCAAACACACUGAAGGAACUGAGUGAAACCAACACAGAGUCCACAAACUUUUCUUCUUUAACAAAAACAACAUUUGAUAAAGAUAACGAUAAUGAAAACGAUCUUGAAGAUAUUGAUGGUGAUAUUGUUGGGGUUGCUAGUGGUGUUGAUGCUUUUAGAUUAAGUGAGAGUUCAAAAACUAAAUUAACUGAAGCAGAAGAGUAUUUAUUAAAGAAAUUCAAUCAAGAAGUUCUUGAAUCAGAAAAUGUGUCUACGAUUCUUAGUAGUUUAACGCCCAAUACAUUCAAAUCAUAUGCUACUGAUAUGAAAAGAUUCAUCAGGUUUUGUGCUCGUCAUGGGAAAACUGAUAGUGUUAUUGAUGAAGAUAUUUUAAACAAGUUUUUAGCCUUGUCAGUCGAUAAAAGCAAGAAAAGCAAUUCAAAGAAGUUAAGAACUAGUUUGUUAAAGUUGCAUCAACUCAAUUGUGAGGCAUACAAUCUUGACUAUUCCGAAGGUGAUAUCGUUUUCUUAAUCAACAAAUAUUUGGAUAGCACAGGUAAUCAAGAUGAGUACUUACCACCAGCUGAUACCGGGAAUCAGAUCGACUUACUAGCCAAAUUGGAAGAAAUGUAUAUUUCCACCAACGAGUUUAAUGGAUUUACAGAAGCUAAUAAAAUUUUGCACAAAAAUGAGUUUAAGCGCUAUGCGUUAUUUUGUUCCGGACAAGGUUUGCAACAUUUUCAUGUAACGGGUGAAACGGUGACACAAUUUUUCAUCACCGAAAUUGUUAGUCAAGAUUCAAAUAUCCCCGUGAAAAAAUUACGGAAAAUUUUGAAACGAUUACAAGUAUUACACAAGUUAAAUGCUGAAAUUUUUGUUGAUUAUCCAUUAGUAGUACAGGGGUUGGAAACUGUUGAAGAGUUUUUAACUAGCCAUAAAACGAGACCAGGCUUUAAUCCAAGUGGAUCCAGUAGUACAGAAGCAGCCAGUAGUAGCAGUGGUGGCACUGGUGCAAAUACCUAUUCUGGCGCUACAUCAUCAAUAUCUUCAUUAACGGCAAAUGUUCCACCUUUAUUUUUCAAUGAUCAAGGUGGUACAGGGAAUUCCUUGUCUUCAGAACAAGCAAGUGGAAGUGGUGCUGAUAAUUUCAAAGAUAAUCCUGGCCACGUCAGACUGCCACUUUCAAACGAAGCCUUGGCUUUAGAAAACGAAAUGUUGCAACUUGAACCUAUUCCUCUGUUUGAGAAAGUAGACAAAAGUUCAAAAGCUAUUGGAGUACUCAUUGAGAGUGGUGAUGACGACGAUGAUGAUGACGACGACGUCGAUGACGUCAAUAUUCAUGAAGAUGAAUUUCCUCCAGUAGUAGUUAACUUGAAUGCUGAAGAUGACUCUGGGAAUAAAGAUGAAGAAGAAAGUGAAGAGUCACCAUAUCAUUCUAAACGUCAAAAACUAGAGAUCUUACCAGACACAAAUGAUCUCAUUCCUCCAUUUGUCAUGAACAGUAAUAUCACUACCGUGACUCAAUUGGCUGAGGAAUGGACUUUGAUUGUCAAGCGUACCAAAAAAUGGGGUCUUGGUUGGAUCAAAAAUCAGUUGGACUUUCAGAUCUAUACCAGUAGGAAAGUUAUUAUUGAUUUUAUUGAACAACUUUUACCAGAAUUGAGUGAAGACAAUAUCAACAAACCAAUAAAUGAAGUCGAUGAAGAUUAUAUUUUUGAUAUUGUUAAAGUUUUCGAUCAGUAUAUGCUCAGAAAAGAAAUGGGGUUGAAUGAUUUAGUUAGAAAGAUUGAAGCAAAUCCAAUCUAUUCCAAAAAGGAAUUCUUAAGAAUCUUGACUAGGGGAAAAACUACCAGAUCAUGA